GUCUUCACGAGAAAGAAUAAACAAGAGGGUACAUGUGACAAACAGGAGAGGGAUAGGAGAGGUCAGGUGAGCUUGUCAAGUUGCUGUUCUGCUGUCAUUGUUUCUCCUCAGUAUUUAACGUUUGUUAAAUCACAUCAUUUCAGAAUUCCAAUAUAGCAGUCUAGAUUAUCAUCACCCCCACCAUUUCCUCUCACUUUUUUUCUCGGACCUUGCUCUCCCACGUUUCACUCUCUUUAUUUAUGAUAUAUUCUUCCUCUGACUUCUUUUUUUUUUACUCCUGCCUGCCUCCACUUUUUGUGCUGGUAAAUUUUCUCCUGUUUGCCUUGGCAUUACGGGUUGUUCUUUUUUCUUUUAAAAGGAAGAAGCUUUCAAGCUUAAAAAUCCAUGUGCUUUUUCUUUUAGUCUCUUUUUGAGUUGAACUGAAGAAGAGAAGGAAGCCAACAAGCAAGCGAAAGAAGCAAAGAUUCUCUACUUGUAGAACUAGAAACUCACAUGCAAUCCUGUUUAACUCCUCCCUAGUAUCAGGUGUCGUCUUUUUUUUUUUUUUUCUCACAGAGAGCAAGUCUUUCAUUCGAAACAGAGGUGAAGAAAUGACUAAAGAAGAAGACUUUAAGCUACUCAAGAUUCGGACUUGUGAUCUCAAAGUGAACAUACACUGUGAUGGAUGUAAGCAGAAAGUGAAGAAACUCCUUCAGAGAAUUGAAGGUGUUUACCAAGUAAGCAUAGAUGCAGAGCAGCAGAAAGUCACAGUCUCAGGAAGUGUAGAUUCUGCAACAUUGAUCAAGAAACUGGUCAGAGCUGGUAAACAUGCUGAAGUUUGGUCCCAGAAGUCCAACCAAAACCAAAAGAACAACUGCAUCAAAGAUGAUAAGAACAACAACGAAGGCCAAAAACAAGGCUUGGUCAAAGGACUUGAAGCCUUCAAGAACCAGCAGAAAUUUCCUGCUUUCAUUUCUGUGGAAGAUGAUGAUUGUAUGGAUGAUUAUGACCAAGAGGAUGAGCUGCAAUUUCUCAAACCAAGUCAAUUGGGUCGGUUGGGUCAGCUUGGUUUGCUUAAGCAACAAGGUCUUGAUGAAAAUAAUGCCAGGAAAGGUGUUGGAAACAUUACUGCAGCUUCCGGCAAUAAUAAUAAAAUGAACAACAAUCUUAUAAAUGGGAAUACUGCAAAGAAAGGAAACCACAAUCCAGGUGUGCUUGACCAAAAUACCUUGGCUGCUCUGAAGAUGAAUAAUGCUCAAUUGGGUGGUUUAAACAUCAAUGCAGCAGCAGAGGGCAAGAGGGGAAAUGACAUCAAUUCCAUGAUGGGUCUUUCAGGUUUUCAUGGAAUUGCUGCUAAUGUUUCCAAUGCUGCAGCUUUAGGAGGCAAUCCUAAUGCUGUUGGAGGAUUUCAAGUUCAAUCCAACAAUGGAUUGCAGGGCUCUUCUGAUGUAAGUUUUCCAACUGCGGGAUAUGCUACUGGUCAAUAUCCAUCAUCUAUGCUCAUGAACAUGAAUGGCUACAACCAUCCAUCAUCAAUGAUGAACAUGAUGAACCUGCAGAACAGGCAUGCAAUGCAGCAACAACCCCUGAUGAUGUAUAAUAGAUCCCCGUUGAUUCCUCCUACCACUGGAUAUUACUAUAAUUAUAAUCCUCCUCCAUACUCAUUCCCUGAAGCCGCCAAUUACAAUGCUGAACAUUCUGCAGCAACCCAUAUGCUCGGUGAUGACAACACAAGCAGCAGCUGUUCAAUAAUGUAAUGAGAGGAAAGGGAAAAUAUGUAUAGAGAGAGAAUGAACGGAGUUUGUUUGACAUGAAAUUCUCUCUUCUAAGUGGAGCUAGUGGGUUUUGACAGUAUUCUACUAUGUGGUGUAGAGGGUAGCAAAGAUGCUGGAAUGCGAUGUCUGAGUGAAUCUUUUGUCUAGUGUUGUAUUUGUGUAGUUGUUAAGAUGAUGUCCUCUUGUUUUUUUUCUUCUGAUCUGGACUGGAAUGAUAAUGGGAUCCACAAAAAUACUAAGCAAAGGAGUGAUUAAUCUAUGGCUGUUAACUAAUUUAUGCGAGUGUAAGUGUAUGGUUUUUGAGGACCGGUAAAAAUUUAGAU